UGCGUUCAAUAGGCUACUGGAUAGACAACAACAUAUGACUUCAAUACUCUGACAGACACGUGAGAUUUAGGACACCUCAAAAACAUAAUGUAAGAAGACUUAUCGAUCAUAAACUAAUACCGGUACCAGUGUAUUCAACCAUGGGGCUAUAAUAAACAGACAAUAUCUGGACAAUGUUUCGGCUAGAUGGACAUCAUGGAUGAAUGACUUUAGCUUAGUAUCCAGACGUCAGACACACACCACACAAUGGACGAGUCUGUGAGAGAGAAUUAUGAACAAUGUGCAAAAUGUUUGACUACGACGGUCAUCUGGGCCACCCAGACAAUCAACAGAUAUUACUCAUUUCUUCACUUGAUGGUCUUAGUAGGAGUACUCAUGGCAUUCAGUAUAAUUGGUGGCUACGUGUUCCAACAGAUUGAAGCUACCCAUGAAAAGACCAACGCGGAGGCUAUACUCACCAAACGUGGAACAGUGUUGGACUCCGCCACCAACAAGAAAGAUGGAUCCUCACAGGACAAAGGGAGUGAGCUCACAAUUCUGCAGUACGAAGGCAACUUUAUUAAAGCCAUUCAGAACGGGGUUGUCCUCGUCAAUGGAGAGGCUCAGACUCUGUGGUCAUUCGGGGGGUCAGUGUACUUUUGCAUGACCACUUACACACUUCUAGGUUAUGGUAACCUGGCACCAAAGAGUAAUCUUGGUCGCGUCAUUGCCAUCGUGUACAGUGGUUUCUGCAUUCCAAUAGCUGCCCUGAUUAUUGGCGACAUUGGUGAGAUCAUCCUCCAGAUGCUCGAAUUUACCUGGAGAAUUAUUGCAAGAUGGAACACAAGACGAUUAGAAAAAAAAGAGAAAGACACAACUGGCAACAACGUUUACCACCAAAAGACGAAAUCAAAAUGGUCGAAAGCCCGCAGGAAAAAUGUUCGCAUAUCUGGCCAACUCCUCCGAGAAAAUAAGAUUGUGAAAAAUAAAUUGCCAAAGAUCGACCCAAUCGAACCGAACUUACAGUCCAAUUGUCGGGAGUUUUGUCCGGUGAACAGUGUCAGCUUUCUGGAGAAAAGUAUCGCGAAUACUUCAAAAAGAAGUAGUUCUGAACAUUCAAUGGAAAGUAUCGAUGAACAUUCAGUGAAGCGUAUCUCUGAACAUUCAGUAAAGCGUAUCGCUGAACAUUCAGUGAAGCGUAUCGCUGAACAUUCAGUGAAGCGUAUCUCUGAACAUUCUCCACAGAGGACCUCAUCAGAGAUGGAGAAAAACUCCAAGACAAAUAGAAAGCAUUGCAGCAAUGUGCCAGUUCUAAUUAGCCUAGCGGUCUACGCCUUCAGAAAAACAGACAUUUGGAUAAAUAAUGUUUUCAGCCUGUUGCGAACAAACUGCGUGAGUUGUCCCGUCCUCAACAUUAGCCAGCCCAGUCACGUGUCUUUACCAGGCCAUCAUUUAUGGAAGAAGGCAGACGAGAUAUCAUGUCCUCGUGACACUGUAGCGAUACUGCCGCCAGGGUCAUUUAUACCGCGGUGUACUGAUAAGGACUCAAUGCUCCGUAUCGCAUGCCCUAAGGCUAAACUAAUUAGCGAAAAUCGCACUUCAAAUAAACAUGAAAGUCUACAUAAGUGGCUAACUAGUAGAGACCUAAUUCCGAAAACGUCACAACAUGUUAGCUCGGAAAACUGGACGUAUGUAAUAAAGCAAUCUAAAGACGGUCAAGAAAACAGCAUCAACCCUAAGACGAUUGGACCUGGCAUUGUCUUAGAUGAGAAUCCGCACGAAAGUAAAUUAUUAGAUAGUAACAAUAAAACAUAUCUGCAAAGUGUUCUCCACAAAUGCACGGUGCAUCGCUUGCAGCAUAAACACACCAGCCAAAGGGAGGAAAAUAAUGCUCCAAACGUCAAUGAAAAUCUCAUUUCCAAUACUAACAUAGCAAAAUUGCCGUCAGUCCGAGAGUAUUUAAGAAGUCAGUGGUCUCGUUACUGGCUCGCAUCUCCUUUGAGGUGGUUUUUCGUCAUGAAGGUUAUCAAAGAUCGUCUUUUUGCUUCUCGAAAACAUAAACAGGACAAAUGUCUUUCUAAAAAUAGACAGGCGGAGACCGACAAAAAUAAUUGCGCCGAUCUUUGGGAAGACCCCGCAAUGGUCGAUUAUGCCAUGUUCGGCUUAGAUGACAUGUCCAAAAAAGCCUUGAUAGAAACUGCGGAUCUUCCACAAUCUACAGUGCCUAUUCUAAUGACCACCGUCAUGGGCUUCGUAUACAUUGGCGGCGGGUCAAUUGCGUUGAGUGUGAUGUCAGACCAGCUCAGUUUCUUUGACUGCUUCUGGUUCAUGUUCAUCUCAACCCUGACUGUCGGCUACGGCGACGUGGUUCCCGCCGACCAAGAGUUAAUGAUCUUCUUUCUCCUCUACAUCUUCAUAUGCCUGAGCUUGAUGUCGAACGUGAUUAACGAGAUCUCGCAGUUCUUCAACGCCAACGUAGCCAAACUCAGAGACAUCGGCCACGACGCGGUGGGAAUCAUCAAGGCGAGGAAGGAGAUAGAGAUCAAGAGAGCGAAGUCGAGUCACGCCAGGAGACACUGGAAGAUUGUCAGAGACCGUGUCAAAAGGGGCAAAAUCCCAAAGCGUUUGAUAAAAGAGUCCAGAAUGUACAAGUCAUUGCUACUAGCCCAAGAGCGCGAGCACAUGAGAUGGGCUUUUAAGAUCUACUUUAAGCACCUUUGUGAUCUUCAAAUGCAGGCAAAGCAACAAGAGGAGAUUAAACCUCCUGAAGAACAGCCUCAAGAACCUGUUUCCAAGCCCGAAGGUGAAUCCGAAGCAGAAGAGACAUCUCCAGAAGAGGAAUCUUCUUCAACAGAAGAGGAAUCCGUUUCAUCUGAUGAAGAAGAGCCCCCCCCCACCUCGACAUUAGUUGACAUGCCUUCGGAUUUAGAGCAGCCGUCUGCAGAAGAACAAGAAGAACCUUUAUUAAUCACCACACAACAUGAAGAGGAUGAAGAAGCCCUAAAGAAACUCACUCGCUGGCAAAGGUUUAAGCGCUUUGUGAAGCGACAAUAUCACAAGAGCAAGAAUUUCACAAAGAAGGUUUACCUCAAGAUAAAGAAUUCCAAACUGUUCCGGAGGAAGAAGAAGGAAGUCCCUGAAGAAGAAGAAGAAGAGAAACCCCAAAAGAAGAAAACAUUCUAUUUUACAUAAAUGUCUACAACUAAACCCCAACGCGGAACUAGAGUUACAUAUUAGAAUCACGCCUUAUUUGGCUUAAAUUGCUAGAAAAUGUUUUGUAAUGUGACUUUUAUACAUAUUGACAUAAUUUAUUAAAUAAUCUACUGACAGCAUAUAAAUAACUAAAGGACUU